GUGGUAAUGGUAUUGCAAACACACGACUAGAUUUGUAUGGAGCUCGCGGCCUGACACAGUCUCACGCGGCCCACACACUUGGCAACACCUACCCACUGCUCAUGUCGACUGACUCUUCAGACCGACAACCAUGGACAGAAACGGACACUCGUUCCUGGAGAGAGUGUUGAAAAUUGUCAACGAAGGAAGCGCUGACGACGUCUCCUUGAUCGAGUUCAAACACCCAAAGGAGUUAGAGAACCUUCUAGACCUGGAUGUGACGUCAGGAGUGGGCGACCAAGAGCUGGAGGCCUGUGUAAGGAAGGUGCUACGCUAUUGCGUGAAGACAGGCAAGCCUACCUUCAGAAACCAGCUGUAUGGAGGCACCGACCCCUACGGGCUGGCUGGCGCCUGGAUCUCAGAGGCAUUCAACACCAGCCAAUACACAUUCGAGGUGGCGCCAGCGUUCACUCUGAUCGAGUUGAAGAUGUUGGACCAUAUCCUGAAGCUGUUCGGCAUCCCGGGGGGUGACGGAAUCUUCAGUCCUGGAGGAAGCAUGUCCAUGUUGUAUGGAGUGGUGGCUGCCAGGUUUAAAGCCUUCCCGCAGGUGAAGACCAAGGGCAUGAGAAGUUUGCCCGAGCUGGUUAUAUUCACUUCUGAAGAUAGUCACUACUCGAUAAUGAAAGCAGCUCAUUGGCUGGGUCUGGGCACGGAGAGUGUACGCGUGAUCAAAGUGAAUGAGAUGGGUCAGAUGCUUACCACCGAGCUGGUGAAGGCGAUAAGAGAAGAGAAGCAGCUAGGGAAGGUUCCUCUUAUGGUCAAUGCGACGGCAGGAACCACCGUGCUUGGAGCCAUCGAUGACCUGGACGCGAUUGCCAGGGUAUGCCAUGAAUACGGGAUUUGGAUGCAUGUGGAUGCUUGCUGGGGCGGCAGUUUGAUGCUUUCCCAAAAGUUUAAAACUAAACUUCAAGGCAUUGAGAAGGCGGACUCGUUAUCGUGGAAUCCGCACAAGAUGGUGGGGGUGCCGCUGCAGUGCUCGGUGUUUAUGGUGCGCGUGCGCGGGCUGCUGCACGAGGCCAACUCCGCGGCAGCGCAGUACCUCUUCCAGCAAGACAAGUUCUAUGACGUCACGUACGACACGGGCGACAAAAGUGUCCAGUGUGGGAGAAAGAUCGACGCUUUUAAGCUGUGGAUGACAUGGAAGGCCCGCGGGGACGCCGGGCUGGCGGCGCUGACUGAACGCGUGAUGGAGACAGCUCAGUUCUGCCUGCAGGCGGUGGCGCUCCGCCCCGGGUUCCGUCUGGUCGCGACCUCACUGCAGUGCCCCAAUGUCUGCUUCUGGUACAUACCCGCCUUCAUGCGCGAUAAAGAGGAGGAUGACGCCUGGUGGGACCUCAUGCAUAAGAUAACGCCGAAGAUAAAAGAGCUGCUUACAUUACGCUCUGAAGUGAUGGUGUCAUAUUCGCCACUGCGUCGCCACAGGAACUUCUUCCGUCUGGCAUUCACCUUCCACCCCCCAGUGGACGAGGGCGUGAUCAUCAGCAUCCUCGACGCCAUUCAACGGAGCGGCGAGAGAAUCACCCGGGAUAUGUUAGUCUAGUCUAUUUCACUAUUUUCAAUAAGCACCUAUCACUCGUUUCAUGUUUAGUUACGGCAUACCUCGGACACUUCAUACAAACAACCUCGUUUUACACAGACACCACACUUUGACGUUAUUGUACACGCGCAUCUGUGUGUGUGACGACGCCAUACGAUCAAGUCUAAAUUAUGUUCGAGGGGGGGUAAACCUAGCUUAGACGCUGCGGAGAGUUGCCGUUCCAUACGUAUUAUUCCUUAUUCCAUGGUUAGGGUUAAAAUAUUUUUAUUUGUGGAUGUCGACAAAGGAUAUGCUAAACAAUUUUUCAUUGCGUACAUUUAAGAUAAACAGAUAAAAGUACUGAAUCGCGUGAGGUAAGUAAAGCUCAAGGUUUUACUUAUUGCUAACGUUGCAAUUUCGCCCGAGUCUUGGAAGGAAUAGAAAUAUUCUUCUAUCUUUAUACAAAUAUCACGCAAUGAAUAAGUCUUCUUUGCAAUGUCAAGAGAUGUAAACUCUAAAGAUGGAUAGAAAAAAAAUGUUUGUCGGGUUAUUCCACGGUUUUUCUGCGCCGAAUUAGAUAUCAGACCAAUUCAUCAUUUACGAACUAAUGUUAUUAGAUUUAAGGAUUGUGUGUUUGAAAUAAAACAAUAACAGCUA